AUGUCGUCUGAAACCCUGCCUAUAUCACCAGCACGCUUUGCAGAGGCUAUCAAAGACCUCUCGCUGGCAAGUCUUCACCUCAAAGUUCUAGAAAUUCGCAACUCCAUCGCGCAUCUAGACUACUCCAACGAGCAGCUCAGGCCAUUCGCGGAAGGCAAGGAGCCAGUACAUGGAGGAGAUGGCACAGCACAGCCGGACCAGGACUGUAUUGACGCCAUCAAGGAGAAUGAGGAUGUCAUUGAGCGCAUGCAGGAGCGCAUCCGGCUCGUCCGCGUCGAGGUUGAAGAGAACCGGGGUUGCAGCUGGACUGAAUUUGAGAGCGCGGAAGAGAGGGGCCAGAGGGGCGAGCAAGCUACAGAGAGCACUGCGCCUGGAAGCACUGGCGCCCCUACAACAAACAACACCACCACGUCGACAAUCGCCGCCGACACUCGAGCGACGAGCGGGCCGAUCGUUGCAGACAAGAACUGCGAGAAGCUUCACUACAUCUCGCCUCAGAUCUGGUGUGCCGGAGCUGGUACGGCAGCCGAUACGGAAUUCACAACAGCCAUUAUCUCGUCUCAGCUGGAACUACACUCACUGUCAACAGGCCGCAAACCUCGCGUCGUUACAUGUAUGACCAUGCUCAAGCAACACCUCUUCCAAUACCAGGGCCACAUCGGUGCAUACCUCGUCGUUGCGGGCGUCGACCCUACUGGCACGCAUCUGUUCACCGUCCACGCACAUGGUAGCACCGACAAGCUCCCAUAUGUCACCAUGGGCUCAGGAUCGCUGGCCGCCAUGUCGGUGUUUGAAACUCAGUGGCAGAGCAAGCUUGAUGAGGCACAGGCGAUCAAGCUGUGCAGUGAUGCGAUUCAAGCCGGUAUUUGGAACGAUCUGGGAUCGGGAAGCAACGUUGAUGUGGCCGUUAUCACAGCCGACAAGACGAGACUGCUGCGCAAUUACAUCAAGCCUAACGAGAGGUCAAAGAAGCUGCAAAGCUACAAGUUUGCCCGGGGCACGACGGCUGUGCUUAAUGACAAGAUCGUUAAGAAGGAGGAGCUGAGCAAUUUCAUCAGUGUCUCCGAGGUACCCGCCGAAGGCGACAGUAUGGAGGUUGACUCAUGA